CGUUGCUACGUCAAAGUUAAUACAAAAAACGUCCACUGAAGUAAAGUAAACCAAACAGUACGGAAUUGUCCGACACAUAAAGAUACUAACAUAUUUAAACGUGCUAAAACCAUCCGAACUGCUGUUGUUACACAAAUCUAGUAACGUGUGCAUGUUAGUUUAUUAGUGUGUUUGUACCAGAGGCCUGAGCUCUGACGUUAGCUCACUGACGUUAGCUUAGCACAGCUAGCUGGUGCACGACCCGCGUAAGUUUUACAACCAAACAGUCGGAUUACUUCAUUAAAUAGGUGGCGGUAAAAACACUGACCCCCACGUUACUGGAAGAAGAAGAAAGACCGCAUGAAAGCAGGAGUGAUGGAUCGCUUUAACGGCCAAAAAAGAAAGACGGACUCGAAAGAAACAAAUGAGUUGAUCUCUGUACCGUGGGCGCGUUUCACAGCUUGGCUCGAGUGUGUGUGUGUCGUUACCUUCGACCUCGAGCUCGGACAAGCUAUAGAGAUGAUCUACCCACAUGAUGCUAAAAUGACAGAGAAGGAGAAAACAAGCAUAUGCUAUUUAGCAUUUCCUGACUCAUUUUCAGGAUGCCUUGGGGACACCCAGUUCAGUUUUAGGCUGCGGCAGUCUGUGGGACGAGAGAGUGGCAUGUGUUUUGGUGACAAAGAUGCGUACAACAAGGAAGCACCACUAACGCUGCAGAAGGAGAUGGCUCACUUCUACGGCUAUGUUUACUUUAGACAAGUAAAGGAUGUCUCUGUCAAAAGGGGCUACUUUCAGAAGUCUCUGGUGCUGGUUUCCAGACUGCCGUAUGUGUGCUUGUUCCAGUCUCUACUCCAGAUCAUUGCUCCUGAGUACUUUGAGAAGUCAGAGCCUUGUUUGGAGGCAGUUUGCAAUGAAAUUGAUCAGUGGCCCCCACCUGUGCCAAGCCAGACUCUCAGCUUGCCUGUGAUGGGAGUCAUCUUACAGGUCAAAAUUCCUUCAAAAGAUGAUAAACCGGGAGGAAGUCCAAGCAAACAGGGACCAAAAGAGAAACAUCUCUCUUCUCCAAUGGUUCUCCCUACCAUCCAUGAGCUGGAUCUUUUCAAGUGUUUCCAGUCUGUCCUCAUUCACAUACAGUUGCUGUGGGAGCUGAUGUUGCUAGGACAGCCAUUGGUCGUCAUUGCACCCUCUCCCUCUGUGUCCUCAGAGACGGUUCUGUCUCUUGUUAGCUGCAUCAGUCCACUGAAGUACUGCUGUGAUUUUCGGCCUUACUUUACUAUCCAUGACAGUGAGUUUAAGGAGUACACAACCAGAACUCAGGCACCGCCUAAUGUACUACUAGGUGUUACAAAUCCUUUCUUUAUAAAGACCUUUCAGAGCUGGCCUCACAUCAUGUGUCUUGGGGAGCUGAAAAUGUCCAGAGAUGUGCUAAAACAAGUUAAGGUCAAGAAACUGUCCAAGUUGAAAAUACUGGACACAAAACCAGGUUUAUACACAUCAUACAAAUCGUUUCUUCAUAAAGACAAAGCCCUGACCAAGCGACUCUUAAAGGGAAUUCAGAGGAAAAGGCCUUCUGAGGUGCAGAGCGCCAUCUUGAGACGGCAUUACUUAGAACUGACACAGAGCUUUAUAAAUCCACUGGAACGAUACAUGGCCAGCCUGAUGCCACUGCAAAUAUCCAUGACUCCUUGGAAGACUCCUCCUCAGGUCCGCCCCUUCAGUCAGGAUGAGUUCUUGGCAACUCUGGAUCAUGCUGGACCUCAAAUUACCUCCAUGCACAAAGGAGACUGGCUGGGACUUUAUAAGCAAUUCUUUCAGUCCCCUAACUUUGACGGCUGGUUUCGGGCAAAGCAAAGGGAAAUGACACAUAAGGUGGAAUGUCUUCAUUUAGAGGCCAUCUGUGAUGCUGAUCUGCUGAGUUGGAUAAAAGACAAGUCAGAAGUAGAGACCGUUGACCUAAUUUUAAAAUUGCGUGAAAAAUUGGUGAGAGCUCAUAUGUAUCAGCUUCCAGUGAAGGAGGAAUUGCUGGACAAGCUGGAACGUUACAUCCAUUCUGUGAUCAGCUCUCUGCCAGAGGAUCUGCAGACAGUACUAUACAAAGACAAACAUUAAAAUGAUUUUAAUGCAGGAAUUAGAAUAAGAGUUCAGCGUGUAACUCUGCUGCUCCAUUUCAGACAGUUACGAGCUCCAGCAAUAAAAACAGACGUACCCAUGAAAAUGUUUGAGGUAGCGUUGUACUAUACUGUAUGUAACGUCUGUGAUCUGUGUGGCACAUAUGAACUGGGGUGGGGUGAAUGGUUGGAAAUGUAUUUUAUGUAAUGUUUUAGAUUAUCACUUUAAUGUUUUAAGCAUAUUUAUAUAUUAUAUUGCAUCAGAGAUGCAAAUCAAGGAAUGUAGUGCCAGAACUCGUAUGUUCUUAACUUGUAUGACAGAACCUCAUACUGCACUUUAUGCCAUUAUUUCCUUAAGCUUUUUUUAAUUUUUUUUUUUUUUUUUUUUUACAUAAAACACUCGAUGUUCAGAAGUUUGUGGACACCUGACCAUCACACCCACAUGUGGUUGUUGAACAUCUUACUGUUGAUUUAUUUCCCCCUGUUUGCUGUUAUAAUAAUCUCCACGUUUCUAUUCUGGGAAGGUUUUCCACUUGCACAGAUAUUAGACGUGUGGCUGUGCAGAUUUGUGUUCAUUCAAUAGCACAAGAGCAUUAGUGAGAUCAGACACCGAUGUAAGAGUGAGCAGGUCUUGGGUUUAUUCUGUGUUCCGGUUCAUCCCAAAGGUGUUCAGUGCAUGUGAUGACUUUUAGAUGCUCAGUCAUAACUUUUAGAGUUUAGAAAGUUGUGAGUUGUCUGGAUUGUCAUAUACAUAGCUUUAUAUUUAGCAUUUCAUUACACUGAUCUAUUUAUAAUGCAAAACUGAUCAAACUCACAAAAGUAUUUAUUUAACUUGUUUAUCCAUUCUUGCGUGUUUUCAUUAAAAUGUUAGAAGGCACUGAGAGUUUAUAUUGAUCUUUAAUGUAGUGUAUUAAUAUGUUAUAAUAAAAGUUUGAUGUUUCCUACA